GGAUGUUUUUCACCAUCAAUCUGUUGAUAACCACGAGCUUCACCGUGCUGGCCCGUCGCUGGCCGGAACUGAUGAAGGAGUGGGAAAACACGGAACAAAGUUUACCGGACCAGCCCCUGCUCGCCGCCAGCAACAAAAAGCUCCACCGAAAGGUGGUCACGACCAUGUCCGUUCUUAUGGUGAGCGCCCUGUUUGAGCAUGCCCUUGCGAAGCCCGCCGGUCUGUACCGGGCUUAUCGUUGUGGCAUCCAGGAUCUGCUGGAAGCGCACCUGAUGCAGGCCUUCCCGGAGAUGUUCUCCUUUAUAGCGUAUGAUAUUUACGUGGGAUUUGUCGCCCAGGUCGUCACCACCAUACUAACGUUCUAUUGGAACUUUGUGGACCUGUUUCUCAUCACGCUGAGCAUGGGCCUGCGCCAGAAUCUGGUCCACAUGAAUCAGAUCAUCAUGAGCUCAAGGGGACAGUUUCAUUCUGAGCUGUUUUGGUACGAUCACUGGAAGCACUUCCAAAAGGUUUGCGAGCUGGUGCAUCUGUUCAAGCGGAAGGUGGCCUAUCUGGUGAUACUUUCCUUCACCAACAACUUGUUCUUCAUUUGCAUACAGCUUAUUGGUGUCCUCAAACCCGUCCCAGGACUAAUUGUGGCCAUUUACGUGUGGUAUUCGCUGGCUCAUUUGAUGACGCGAAUGAUUAUGGUGGCCAUGUACGCCGCUAGCAUCCAUGACGAAUCGAGAAAGUUGCUGCCCAUGUUCCGGACGAUGCCGACCCAGUUCUACAACAAGGAGAUUCAGCGCUUUCAUCAGCAGAUGGAGAAUGACACUGUUGCUCUCUCGGGAUACGGAUUCUUUCAUCUCACCAGAAAGCUGACAUUGAAGGUCGCCGGUACCGUCGUGACUUACGAGCUUGUGCUACUUCAGGUGAACGAUUCGGAAGAGAAAAACGGUGACCAAAAUCCGUGCACGUAAAAGCAAAACCACCCGCAAACCAAUCACGCCCCC